UCUCUCUCUCUCUCUCUCUCUCUCUCUCUCUCUCUCUCUCUCUCUCUCUCUCUCAAACCAUGAUGAAUUAUGAUGAGGAUCUAGCAUCCGUGCUGAAAGCUGGUGGAUGGAAGAUGUGACCACGGACUGUUAUGGUUGGGUGACGAACAGGAAAUGUGCUUAUCUGGGGGAACUUACUGCUCUGUGAGAGACAUUGACAGAGAGAGAGAGAGAGAGAGAGAGAGAGAGAGAGAGAGAGAGAGAGAGAGAGAGAGAGAGAGAGAGAGAGAGAGAGACAGAGAGAGAGAGAGAGAGACGGCUAGUCAGACAGAUGUAGAGAAAGAGGAGCUAUAACAAGAAAGAGACAAAUAAAAAAAUACGUUUCCACAAUUUCCUGGACUGGAAUAAAGAAUGUUCACCUAGCAGUAUUAAGCAGCCACUGUGCAUCUUCAGGACCAUGCCACUAGGGAGACCCAAAAGCUGUUGGAGAUGUCUGUUGAAUGAUGCAUGGGAAGGGUCUCUAAAGGGAUAAUGAACCUAAUUUGACCUAAGACAGAGGGAGAUUGUUGCUUGCUUAUACAAUGCUGCUACGCAGAAAAUGUAGACUGCACACAUACAAGUAGAGGACGUAAAUGGGAAUAGGAAGGCUCACUGUUUAUCCCAAAGCGAACACAUCAGUCUGCCUGAUAACAACACAGGAAACCCCCCCCCCUCAACGCACUCACACAUGCAUCAUGCACACAUACAGACGCAUGCACACACACACUUUUAUUCACACAGUGACACAUUUGUAAUACUCUGUCACUCUUACAAACAUGCAUGCAUAGUCUAAAACACACACACACACACGCACACAUUUCUGAUCAGUCAUAAAAAGAAAUAUGCAGACACUCUUAGAAAUAUACAUUGUCUCAUACACACACACACACACACACACACACACACACACACACACACACACACACACACACACACACACACACACACACACACACACACACACACACACACACACACACAUCCAUAUAAGCACACACAUUCCACAAGUACCACAGCUGGAACCUAUAAGGCCAGAGGGUAGCGUGUGUCUGUCGGGAGUGCGUGUAUGCGGGGGUGGGUCCUUGUGGACGGCGCUGCAGAGUCCAUUUGGAAAGAGGAACUGUGCGGGGUUGGACCUGUAGUCGACCCUGAGAAGAAUCGACCCCUGAUAGCACUUCUCAGUGAGGUCAGAUCUCCUUCCACCUUUGAUGGAUGGGAAGAGGAAGCGGGGAGAAGGAAGCGAGGAGUGAUUCAACCUCUAAGUCUGCUGUUGGAACAGAUCCCCUGCAGUGCCGGAGAGAGGAGACAGGGUCGACUGGGAAGCAUGAGAGACGCCGCCGUCACGAUGUGGAGGACCCUACUCUUUAUUGGGCUGCUGGCUGCCCAGGUUAGGCUGAGCUACCCAAACCCAAUGGAGGAGUGUUCUGGCAUGGGAGUCCCAGGUCUGAGGAGCUUCAAUCUGAUGACCAAGUGUAACUCCACCACGCUCCGAGAGAAGUCCCUCCAGCAGAUCCAGGCCCCCACCACCAACCUCUUCAUCCCCAUCCUGUACCUGUUUGCACUCUGCGUGGGGCUGCCCGCCAACCUGCUGGCUCUCUGGGUGCUGGUGUUCAGAACCAAGAAGCUUCCCUCCACCACGCUGCUCAUCAACCUGACGGCCGGUGACAUCAUGCUGCUGCUCGUCCUGCCCUUCCGCAUCGUCUACCACCUGAAGGGCAACGACUGGGUGUUUGGCGAGCCCUUCUGCCGCAUCGUCAUGGCCAUGUUCUACGGCAACAUGUACGGCUGUAACCUGUGCCUGGCGCUGGUGGCGUUGGACCGCUACGUGGCGCUGGUGCACCCCUUCGGCGCCAAGGUUCUCCGGAGCCGCAGGACGUCCCUGUACAUGAGCUUGGUGGUGUGGAUGGUGGUGAUUGCCGCUAUGGUCCCUCUCCUUGUGUCCCAGCAGUCCUACGUGCUGGACGAGCUCCAGAUCACCACCUGCCACGACGCCCUACCGGUGCAGGAACAGGAGACCUACUUCCUGCCCUACUUCACAACGUUGUUCACUCUGUGCUUCCUGCUGCCCUUCCUGGUCAUUGUGUACUGCUACAGCGCUGUUCUUCGCACCCUGGUGGCCGGUGGGAAGAGGUACAGCCAUGCGGUGCGCGUGACGGCCUUGGUCCUCGUGGUGUUCCUGGUAUGCAUGUUGCCGAGCAACAUCCUCCUACUGCUCACCUACUCCGACAGCAUCCUGGACGGGGAGGACAUAUACCUGCCCUACAUGGUUAGCCUAGCGGUCAGCACCCUUAAUAGCUGCAUCGACCCCUUCAUCUACUACUACGUGUCGGACGACUUCAGGGAAAAGGUGAGGAAUUUGCUGCCUUGCUGUGGCGACAGAAACGACAACUCGUCCUCCUCGGGGAACCCUGUGUCGAAUUCGUCCUCGUCCAGGAUAAAGAGCCAGCUCACCUUGCUGUCCAAAUCCAGCCGGCAGGCCACCAUUGACGAGGAUGCUGCUUGAGGCUGCCAUGGAAGAACCUUCUACAGAGCAGAGUUCUGCAUUUCUGUAAACCUCAUCCAUUGGGUUCCAUUCGAUGUUCCAUUUGAUUAUGUCAUGCUGAAGUGUACUUGGAUAGAGGAAAAUAUUAGGCGACGUUUGCGCUCUGAAUGCUUUGGGUUCAUAAGUAGAUGCCAAGAUGUUUUUUAACUGUCGCCAUGAAGGAAAACCGCUCUCUGAUAGAACCCUCAACAUUAUAGAAUCCAUUUCUGUGAUGGAACCCUCUCUAUCGUACAUUCUCUCCAAUACAUUGUAGAAGUCUCUCUCUCUCUCUCUCUCUCUCUCUCGUUCUCUCUCUCUCUCUCUCUCUCUCUCUCUCUCUCUCUCUCUCUCUCUCUCUCUCUCUCUCUCUCUCUCUCUCUCUCUCUCUCUCUCUCUCUCUCUCUCUCUCUCUCUCUCUCUCUCUCUCUCUCUCUCUCUCUCUCUCUCUCUCAUGUUGUGGGAUACACUGCCCUGUUGAAAUGGCCUGGAUAGGCUGUCACCUAUUUGGUUACAGCUGGAAAUGAAGUUGUCCAGCUAUCGCUCUGCAUCUCUGAUAAGGAGUUUACAUUCUUGUCCAUAGUUAGUAUGAUCUUUCACGGGUAGAGCCCAACAUGUCCCCAAGGGUAGCCCUGAGUGGAAAAAUGACACAUUAAACAGCAUGUUUUUAGGAAGUUCAACUCCUUAUGUGGCAGUGCUCGCUGACCUACUAGUACACGGUUUGUUUGUUUAUUAAGGACAUGGAUGUCAACAGCCAGAAGGAAACAGAUGGGCAUUGAAAUGCAGCCUGUCCUCCAAUCUAAACAAAAGAAUAGGUCAUUUCUAAAGAAAAAAAACAGCAAUACGUCACCAUGACAACUAUAGAAAACAUUGCAUUAACUAGCAUACUAAACAUAACAAACUAAUUUCUUCCAUUUUGUUUGUUGUAUUGCUGUUUCUUCGAACAGGGGCUAAAAUGUGGAUUUGGGUCGUUUUGGACGACAUAUAUAAACUAAAAAUUCUGUUGUUUACGUUGGAGAUUACAUUUUAGAAAUGACCUUGUGAGAUGAACCGAGAAUUAACAUUUCUAUGCUAAAAAGUGUUUCCAUAUGCAUAGGCACAAGGUUAACUUACGGUUCAUAACAACCACUGGACAAUAAUUUCAAUCCUUAAAAUACACUCGCUUUGUGUUUUUUUGCCCUCACAGAAUGUUUAAUAAACUAUCUUUAAUUGAAAUCUA